CGCACCGCCUCCUUGUCAGCCAUGGCAAAGCCGCAGAGCAAGGAUUCCGGCCUGAAGGAGAAGUUUAAGAAUCUCUUGGGGCUGGGAACGUCCCGGGGAAGUUCGAAAUCGGCGGAGGGAAAGCAGACAGAGUUCAUCAUCACUGCAGAGAUCCUCAAGGAAUUGAGCAUAGAAUGUGGACUGAGCAAUAGAAUACGAGCAAUUGGCCAAAUCUGUGAAGUAGCAAAAACCAAAAAAAUCGAAGAGCAUGCAGUGGAAGCAAUAUGGAAAGUGGUAGCUGAUAUGCUGCAGCCAGAACGCCCAGCUGAAGCCAGACAUGCUGUUCUUCAUCUGCUAAAGUCAAUAAUUCAAGGACAGGGUGAGAGAUUAGGGAUCCUCAGAGCACACUUCUUUAAGGUGAUUAAGGACUAUCCAUCCAAUGAAGAUUUACAUGAACGACUUGAAGUGUUCAAAGCUCUCACGGAGAAUGGACGAUACAUAACCUACUUGGAGGAAGAACUGGCUGACUUUGUGCUGCAGUGGAUGGAUGUUGGUUUGUCUUCUGAAUUCCUUCUGGUUUUGGUGAACUUGGUGAAAUUCAACAGCUGCUAUCUGGAAGGCUAUGUAGCUGACAUGGUCCACAAGAUAUGCCUGUUGUGCAUUCAGACAUCAUCCUCUGUAGACAUAGAGGUCAGUAGCUUGCGUGUCCUA